UAAAUGUAAACAGAUCAGCAAGAAUGUCUGUGCCAAGCCGGGGAUAAAGAGGAGCCUUUGGUCACCGUACUAUUCUGAAACCCAGCAGGUUGGUAGAGAGGAUGAAUGACACCAUACAAUGGCUUCCUUAGGGAGUUCGAGCCCUGUUGGCUCUUUGUCUUCAGAGGAUCACGACUUUGAUCCAACAGCUGAGAUGUUGAUUCAUGAGUAUGAUGAUGAGAGAACUUUGGAGGAGGAAGAGCUUUUGGAAGGAGAGAAAAAUUUCAGUGCGGAACUGUCCGAUUUGGAGAGGGAGGGGAAUAUGCCGAUCGAGGAGCUGUUGGCCAUUUAUCGUUACGAGGCGUCAGUCAGUACCGGUGCAGGAUCAAGCAUUGACAGUUCCUCUGUUGAACUAGCAGAUGAUCUGCCCGACAUGACCCUGGAUAAGGAGGAGAUUGCUAAAGAUCUUCUGUCAGGAGAUUAUGAGGAGGAGACCCAGUCGUCUGCUGAUGAUCUGACCCCUUCUGUCACUUCCCAUGAGGCCACAGACUUCUUCCCCAGAACUCUCAGAUCCAAUGUAACAUAUGACGGUGAUAAAGAAUCUGAGGGGGAGGAGGACGGUGUGAACAGUGAAGAUUCUAGAAAGGAAAUAAUGGUGGGAUCUCAAUAUCAAGCAGAAGUCCCAGUGGGGCUCAGCCACUAUAAUGAUGAUGAAAAAGUGUACGAGGAGGAAGAUCAGCUGCUGUGGUGUCCAGACGAGCUGUCAGAGUAUAAAGUGAAAGACUACCUCAGAGAAGCACUGUCACAGUCUACAGAUGACAGCACGCAUUAUUCUACAUCUGAACACAUACGAGACAACGAGCAGGCUUUGUUUGAGCUUUUGAAAUGUAAUUAUGACACUCGUGAGGCGCUGGUUCGAUACUGCAGUAAUGUGAAGACCUCAAAAGAAUCACCACCUUGGUCAGAGGAGGAAUGUAGGAACUUUGAACAUGCUCUGCAGAUUUAUGAGAAAAACUUCCAUCUUAUUCAGAAACACAAGGUUCAAACACGGACUGUAGCAGAAUGUGUGGCUUUUUACUACAUGUGGAAAAAGUCGGAACGUUUUGACUACUUUGCUCAACAGAACCGAUUUGGCAAGAAGAAAUACAGCUGUUAUCCUGGUGUGACGGACUUGAUGGAUCGGCUGGUGGACGAGGCCGAGGGUCUGGCAGUGGACGGUUCUUCACCGGUGUGUUCAGCUGGAGCAGGAGGAAGACUAGAGGCAUCAGCAGAGCAACAGCUCGGACUGCUCAACUCCAUCACUGCCAGUGACCUCACAGCUCUUAGUAACAGUGUAGCGACUGUGUGCAACGGUCCAGCAGAGAUGAGCUGUUUGGAUUCUCCGUUCUUCCCCCCUCUGGAGAGUUUGCACCGAGCAGCCCUGAACCAUGACGAUCAGCUCAGCUACGGUACGAAUGGAGACGGCGUUUGCCUCAACAUGCUGGAUUCAGGCUUUUACCGCUCUGACCUGGGCCAACUCAGCAUGUGCAGCACCAAAGACUGCGAACGGCCCUCCAAGAGGCUCAAGAUGGGCCUUUCAGAGUCCUUCAUCAACGACGUGGACUUCGAGGGCAGAAGAGCACAUCGCAUUACAGGUGCCACAAUGGCGGUUUCAGUCACAGACUUCAGUGGCAUCGGGAGCGAAGCAAACGCUUUCAUCAGCUCUCAUUCACGACAUCACCAACACACUGCACUUCAGUCCGACUGAUUCUCUAGUUCUGACAUCCACAUACCUUCAUCCGCUCACUGACUAUUAGUUCUUUUUUAAAUUAAAAAAUGAUAUCUAUAUAUAAAUAUAUGAAUAUACUUUUUGGUCUUUUUUGUUUUGUUUUGUAAUAUGACAUCAGUGAUGUCUUUAUUGUACAGAAAUAAGAAAUCUUGAUUUCUCAAGAGUUUAAAUAGCCAUUUAUUUUUCUGGUCCUUCAGAUAUUUAAUAUCCUUUUUGUCUUCGGUGAAAUACAGUUAAACCUAAAUGCUGGAGCAGAGAACCGUGGUCUCUUACUGUAUCAUCCCAACAUCUGCCUCUUUCACUUUGAUUUUUUUUGUUUUUUGUUGCUGCCUCUGAAACUGCAUUUUUCGUUGUCGUUGUUUUAGGAUUUUUCACAAACACCUUUGUUUCUGAAAAUGGUACUUUUUUUUCAGUGUUUACACCGCCCAAGAUAGGCUACGCCUUGGGAAAUGUAGCAUUUUGUAGAUCAGGAAACUGGCUUUUGUAAUUGAGAAUAGUGAUUUCUUUAGAGUGAAAGAAUUACAUGUUUAAACAAAGAGCACUUACAGUCCAUGAGAUGUUUCCAGUGUAUUGGCCCACUUUUUCUUUGAGAUGUCGAAGUGUUUGUUUUAUGAAAAAAAAAGUCUUGUAAAUGGUUAGUGUUCCAGUUGAGAUAUUUGUAGAUCUAAGCUUUAAUAAGUCAAUUUAUUGUAGUCAUUUAAACAUUUAAUAGGUUCCUUUUUUUUUGGCCUAAAUUGAAGUAUCAUUAUUGACUGAAUCUUUCUCAGCUGCGCACUGUUAGAGCCAGAUCAGUCUCAAAAAUGAUAUUUUUACAAAAUAUAAUUCAUACAUUCACAACACUAUUCACAUUUACAAAGUUCAAUUUGUAAAUGCACAAAUCCAAUUAGAAAAUUCAAUACAUGAUUCAAAAAUACAACUUCAAUUCUCUCAUUUAAAACACGUUUCAAAAAUACACAUCCAGUUCGUAAUUUCAAAAGGUGAUUUAAAAAUACAACUUCAAUUUGUAAAUUCAAAACACUAUUAAAAAUACACAUCCAAUUCGUAAAUUCAUUCCGAUUCUUCCCCUCUCUCUGCUCCCCCCGCUUUCCUGUCAGUACUCUCUACUGUCCUGUCUAUUAAAGGUAAAAACCCCUAAAUAAUAAUACAAAAAAAAAAGAAAUACACAAAUCCCAUUCGUAAAUUCAAAACACGAUUCAUAAAUACGCGAAUCCAAAUCGGAAAAUCAAAACAUGAUUAAAAAAUACACUAAUCCAGUUUAUAUUUUCAAAACACAAUUCAAAAAUACACAACUCCACUUUGUAUUUUUAAAACACUAUUCAAAAGUACGCAAAUUCAAAACACUAUUCAAAAAUAUGCAACUCCAAUUUGUAAAUUCAAAACGAUUCAAAUACGCAAAUCCCAUUCGUAAAUUCAAAACACGAUUCAAAAAUACACAAAUCCAAUUCGUAAAUUCAAAACACAAUUCAAACACACCCAAAUCUUAUUCGUAAAUUCAAAACACGUUUCAAAAAUACACACAUCCAAUUUGUUAAUUCAAAACACGAUUCAAACACACAAAUCUCAUUCGUAAAUUCAAAAUACGAUAAAAAAAUACACAUCCCUUUAGUAAAUUGAAAACACGAUUCAAAAAUACGCAAAUCCCAUUCAUAAAUUCAAAACACGAUUCAAAAAUAGGCAAAUCCCACUCGUAAAUUCAAAACAAGAUUCUAAAAUACGCAAAUCCCACUCGUAAAUUCAAAACACGAUUCUAAAAUAGGCAAAUUCCAUUCGUUAAUUCAAAACACGAUUCUAAAAUAGGCAAAUUCCAUUCGUAAAUUCAAAACAUGAUUCUAAAAUAUGCAAAUCCCAUUAGUAAAUUCAAAACACGAUUCUAAAAUAGGCAAAUUCCAUUCGUAAAUUCAAAACAUGAUUCUAAAAUAGGCAAAUCCCAUUAGUAAAUUUAAAAAUUUGCAAAUCCCAUUCGUAAAUUCAAAACAUGAUUCAAAAAUACGCAAAUCCCAUUCGUAAAUUCAAAACACGAUUCUAAAAUACGCAAAUCCCAUUCGUAAAUUCAAACAUUCGCAAAUCCCAUUCGUAAAUUCAAAAAUUCGCAAAUCCCAUUCGUAAAUUCCAACAUUUGCAAAUCUCAUUCGUAAAUUCAAAACACGAUUCUAAGAUACACAAAUCCCAUUCGUAAAUUCCAACAUUCGCAAAUCUCAUUCGUAAAUUCAAAACACGAUUCUAAGAUACACAAAUCCCAUUCGUAAAUUCAAAACA